AUGGAAACUGCGACCUGUUCAAGGCAAUACUGCCACUUUUUUUUUUUUUCCUUGAUUCUAUUUGGUAUAUGUAACAGGGCCCUCUUUUUUGCUGUCCCUCUUUCUCUUGCUCAAGAACCAAACACGCAACACCGUAUAUGCCAAACACGUCCGAGACACACGACCUGCUCGAGCAGCCCUUUGGCAAUCCUCUCGCAAAGAACCGUCAUCGAUAUAUAUGGUAUUUGCAGAAAGAGGGAAAUUCGCGGGCCCGCGUCGAGACCUGUCCCAAACAGGAAUCACGCUUUACUAUAUUUGGAACCAGCCGAGAAAGCGUGUUUCUAUUUUGGGCCGCACAGAUCCCGUUUCAGCGCUCGAGAGCGACGGGACGUCCCGUCGCUCUCGAGCGCCGAGCUGGGGGUGUCUGGUGUACCUGGUGACGGGCACGCCCUUCUACGGGGCCAUCAUCACAUCUCAACACCUGUAGUCUGCGCUUUCGGAAUGUGUAACGGUCCAUGUGAAGAGUUGAUUAAAGGGUGGCAACUAUCUUCUUUACGUAUGAUAAAUUCAAGUAUGUAA